AUGUCUCUCAUCUUUUGUCAUCUAAACAUCAGGUCCCUCACAGCCAAAUACGCUUAUUUUAAAGAUGCAUUUUUAAACAAGUAUGAUAUCAAAACACUAUCGGAAACCUGGUUAAAUAACAACAUUCCUGAUGAUAUCAUCAGUUUCGAAGGGUAUAUACACUGUAUAGAGCUGAUCGUCACCAUAGAAGAUGUGGAGGUAUAG